UCUACUUUUAUUAGAACGUAAGUUAAAGUUUUAGUUUAUCAAGUUUUUCAACAAAAAAAAAACACCAAUUUGUGUAUAUGAGUGUUUGAUCAAUUGUUUCUUUUUUUUUAUAUUUCUUUUGAUUCAUAAAACUAUAUAUUUUAUUAAGUUUUAGAAAUGGAAAGAGUAAAAAGAGACAAAAAAAUAGAUAAAAAAAGAUUAUAUAUUCAUAAAACCAUGUUGUUGUUUUUGUUCUGUUUUGGCAUAUUUUUCAAUGAUAUAUAAUUUAAAAGACUGAAAAUUUUGAAACUUAAUAAUAGUAAAUCUUAUUUUUCACUAUUCAAAACUUCUAUGUUUAACAUGUUAAAGUUGCUUUUAGAGUUUAUAAAACUUUAUAUUUAAAGUCCUGAGAUGCUUUUACGUAAAGAAUUAUACCUUUAUACUUUUAACUGUUCGUCCAAAUAUUUUAUAUAUCUUUUUUGUAACUUAGCUUUAAACAUUUUAUAUAUCUGUGAAAAAACUACAUGAUCGUCAUUCGUAGAAAUAUUACAACGCUUGUUACAUGUAUAUGGAGAAGGCGCUAAUCAAAUGUUUGUUUUGGUCAUGCAUCAUUGGUUUUUAUUUUAUUUUUGAACUUAACUUAUAAGAUAAGUUAAAGGAAGUCAUGCAUCAUUUGUUUCGCUCAAAUACCAUAUCUCUAUAUCAUCAUUACAAAGAAUUAUACCUUUACACUUUUGAUUAUUCGUUCAACUUAUAUUUUAUAUAUCUAUAAAGAAACUAUAUAUGAAUGUCACCCGUGCGGAAUAUUUCAAAGCGUACUCGUCUAGAGAAGCUAAUCGAAUGUUUGUUUUGGUCAUAGGUUUCACUCAAACAUAGAUUUUUUUUCUUUUUUUUGGUAAAAUACUCACUCAAGCAUAGAUGAACCAUCUCUUAUAUAAUGUUCAAUGAUCUUACAAAGACAACUAAUAGAUUAAAAAGCUAGGAGGCUCCAUUACCUCAACCAUGGAGAAAAUGUCUAAAACUGUUUCUUUCUCUUCCGUUUCUUCUGUAUCAAACCUUUCAUCUCUUCCUUCUUUCAAUUCUCUUCCAGCCUCUCAACUCAAACAAACAUUUUCUCAGUCCAUGAUGGAGGAAGCUUUAGAGGCUGCAGAAACAAUCAUCAAGAAAUGGGAUCCAAACUCACAGUCCUACACAAAGAUCAUCUCUAUGUUCAGAAACAGCAGAAAAGAAGCCAAAGAGUUCAUCAGAUGCAUCCGUGACUUACGCAGAGCCAUGCACUUUCUUGUCUCUCAAGACUCCAAAUCUGACAAGCUUGUGCUUGCCCAGAACCUGAUGCAGAUUGGUAUGUCCACGCUGGAGAAAGAGUUCUUCCAGAUACUGUCUUCUAACCGAGACCAUCUUGAUCCUGAAUCAGCCUCUGGUCAGUCCACAAUAUCUAGCAACUCAGAGUUCGAAGUUGUUAUGGAAAAUGAUGAUGAUGAUGAUGUCGAAGAUGCUGCGCUGAAGAAGGCUGGUGAAUCUAUCUCUCAGGUAGAGAAAGCCUCGGCUCUGGUGAUGUCAGACUUAAAGGUCAUAGCAGAGACCAUGAUCAGAUGUGGUUAUGGUAAAGAGUGCAUAAAAAGCUAUAAGUUGAUCAGAAAGUCAAUCGUUGAUGAAGGGCUACACUUGCUUGGGAUUGAGAAGGUCAAGACCUCUCAGUUUCAAAAAAUGGACUGGGGCGUGCUGGAGCAUAUGAUCAAGAACUGGAUCAAAGCUGCAAAGAUUGGAGUCACAACACUCUUCAGAGGAGAGAAGCUUCUCUGUGAUCAUGUCUUCUCUGCAUCCAUCACAAUAGGACAGUCUUCCUUUAACCAGAUAGCCAAGGAAGCAGGACUCAAUCUCUUCAUGUUCCCGGAGCUUGUCGCCAGUAAGGAGAAGAAACCACACCAUGAGAGGAUCUUCAAGCUCAUGGAUCUCUAUGCAGCUAUCUCUGACCUUUGGCCAGACAUAGAAAUGAUAUUCAGCUUUGAUUCAUUAGCUUCUGUGAAAACUAUUGUCCUAUCAACGCUCAAGAAACUCAAGGACUCCAUCCACACGUGUCUAAGGGAGUUUGAGGUGACAAUACAUAAGGAUUCUUCUAAAGAACUUACUCCUCAAGGAGGAGUUCACAAGCUGACUCGGACAACAAUGAGUUUCAUAUCGUCGUUGUCUGAAUACAGCCGUGUCUUGUCUGAGAUCCUUGCAGAGAAUCCUCUGAAGAGAAACACUCGUUUGCUAGAAUAUUACUUCACGGCUCCAAUCUUGGAAGAUGAACAUGUAAACAACCACGCGUUCUCAGUCUAUCUAGCUUCGCUCAUACUUGUUUUCCUAUGCAAGCUAGACACCAAAGCAGAGAGUUACAAGGAUGUGUCUCUCUCUUACAUCUUCCUUGUGAACAACCUUCAGUUUGUGGUUGUUACCGUUCGUUCAACUCGCCUCAAGAGCCUCCUCGGAGACGAUUGGCUCACCAAACACGAAGCAAAACUCAGAAGCUAUGCUGCAAAAUACGAGAUAGCAGCUUGGACUAAUGUUUUCGCAUCUUUACCUGCGAAAACCAGUACCAAGCUAUCACCAGAGGAGGCCGCAACAUGUUUCAAGAGAUUCCAUGCAUCAUUCGCAGGAGCAUACAUGAAACAAUCAUCUUGUGACAUUGAGGAUGCAAAGCUUAGGGACGAGCUUAAGGUUUCAAUAGCAAGGAAACUUGUACCGGAGUACAGAAAGUUCUACGAGAAGUACUUGCUAAUGCUGAGACAGGACAGAAACAUAGAGAUGUUGGUGAGUUUUAAGCCUGAUAACUUGGAGAACUACCUCUCAGAUCUUUUCCAUGGAACAGCAAUUAUCAGUGGCUCUUCUCAUUCUGCUUCUUCAUCUUGUUGCUCAAUUGGAUGUGUAAAAAACUAA